AUGCAAACUCGUUGUCGGUAUGCAGUUGUUACUAUUGCAUCUAAGGCCAAAUGUAUUAAGUUAUGCGAGAAAAUAGACUCGCCUCCUGACGUUGAUCGGUUCCAAAUAAGUGAUCGCGCUCGCCUCAGGCUGUUGUUCUGGGCGUUGUCGUGUACACUUCAGGCCGUCGUUCUGGCAUUGACGAGUGGAAUUGAAAUUUUGGAGGUGUCUAACUUGCCAGUGCCGCGACGCACAUGCCAUACUCUUUAUGACGCAGGCCCGCUAUCCCCUGGACCUAGGGUGGCGGGUAGUGGCAGACACCUUGUUCUGACCUCGGCAAAUCGAGUUAACUCCAGGAUGUCGGCGAUUGCCUCCAAUGCCAGGAGAGCCUUCAUCGUUGCUUGUAUGACGCCUACGGUCGACUCAGCAUACGCUAUCGCCCACCCCGAACUACUAGCUGCUAUCUCAACACCCAAUCCCACACCAGAAACAGGAACAGAUAUCAAAGAAAUGCCUCCACAAUUAAAUAACGAUUUAGCCUUACGGGUAAAGCAAUGGUGGUGGUCAUUGAAUGACGAUGAACCCGAUCAUAAACAACAAGGUGUAUUAUUCUAUGGCUGCAGCAUCAGCAUGAUUAGAAUGCGCACCGUCCAUCGUGCGACAAAUUUCACGAUAUUGCGAGUAGAUAUUGAUGAGAGAAUGUACCACAAAACUGUUAAGACGCGGAACUCUGCGGACUGUCCUGGAGGGUGCAUAGAGCUUGGAAACGGAUUCAUUUCUUCGUCAUUCUCAUUUGACCAGCAGAUGACCAGGACAUUUGAAGUUCGGGCACUACCGCCUGCACCAUGA